UUUGAAAUUCGGCAAACUCCAUUUUUUUUCUCUCUCUAUCUUCUUUUCUCUCGGCUAAACCCUUUCACAUUUCUCUCUCUAGAAUUACAGAAGAAGAACUAUAUAUAUAUAUAUAUGUGCACGUAUAUAUGUACAGUAUAUGUAUAUAAUAUAUAGAUGUGUAAUUGCAGAGUUGCAAAAUGACCAUGGAUCGUUCGCAGAACAACUCGUCAGACUCACCAAGCAGAGACUCAAAAUCACCGACGGUGUUAUCGAUCGAGUGCCUGAAAGGGAGCUCCAAAGCCGAUGAGUGGACCGACGAUAUGCUCCAGACCGGCGACAUAGUCGAGGAGCUUCGAAUUGGAACCUCAAUCACCGUCAAAGCUCCCUUCAAGAAUGGCCGGAGCGGAGUCCAGAAGAUUCUCCACAGCUCUUUUAGGGCAAAAGACACCUCGAUUCAUGUCCGAGUUCGCCGCGGCCGGGACGAGUUCACCGAGUUACAAGCUUGCAUCGUCCCCAACGAAUCCGCCGGGAAGAAGCAGUACAUGCUUAGGUCCAUCGACGAUCCCAAUUACACCGUCGGCUUCUCGGAUCGGACCGAGUCCGAUUGCUUCGAAAUCCAGGCUUCAAGGAAUGCUAGGAUGGUUAGUGCUUUAUCAAGAACUCGACUACAAGAUGGAUAUGUUUCAUAUCCAUGGGAGAGAAGGAUGCAGGAGUUGCUAUCGGUUCCCAACUCUAGCUCCUUCUUUUCUGUACUUCUUCUUCCAAAAGCUCCUGAUAGAGCUGCUUUCCGCUACAAUGAUCUUGAGGACACUCUUGCUAGGGCAAAUGCUUGGCUUAAUGCCUCUCAGGCCUCUGGGGUCCCUGUUGUCUUCAUGAACAUACAGACGGAAUCCCUCCUCACCAAGAUCUCAGGAGAGACGGCUUCUUCCACUGUGAAUGCAGGGUCGUUGUCCGAUCUGGCGACCCUUGCUAAUUCAAGUUUAUACGGCUUUGAGGAUUACCAUGGGGUUGACUUAGGUGUUGUUCGAGCUGUUCGCCUAUGGUACGCCCCUUUAGGAGGAGAAAUCGCCCUUGAAAUAAAGAUACAAGAAGACGAUACCAAACUUGGAUUUGCAAUCAGCCGUACUGAAGAGGGAUUUAUUUACGUGUCAUCAGUCAUGGAAGGCAAUGACAACGUACCCUCCAGCCGAUCAGGGCUGAGAGAUUUAUACAGAGAAGCAAUGGACACUUCUAGGCUGCUGGUCGUAUCAAGAGUAUCGAACCAAAAGGUCCUUCCUUGGAUGGUUUCAUCAACAGGAGCAAUUAGAUGCUUUGACACGGUCUCACUCAGCCAGAAGCUGUCAUUACAUCGACACGCCAAGGUUCCUAUCUUCAUACAUGUCUUCCUAUGGGACAGGGCAUUAGUAUCAGCAGCAGCUGCUGCAAGUGCUAGCCAGCACAGACUGAGAGCUCCAGCUUCACCACCGCCCGCCAUGCCAUUACCCCCUGAGGUUCAACUAGUGCGCCAGCCAAGUGACAGCCAAGUACUGCCUCUGCCUCCUGAUACACAUGAUGGUGGCGGAGCCAGUAGUAAUAAUAGGACUGAGCAAAGGCUCAUUCGCGACACGGCCGGGGAGCUCUCCUUUAGGUUCCAUGAUUUUGCUCUCUCCAGCAGCUGGGUUUGAUAUUAACUACUGAGUUUCUUGUUUGAUUAUUUUUUAUUGUUUUGGAAGGAGGAAAAUUUAAGUAGUGGAAGUUGUUCAUGUGCUAUAGUGAGUUUAGAAAUAAAGGUCAGCAUUGAAAAAUAGGUGUCAAGUUGCUCUGGUUCAAUUCUCAUGUGGUUUGUAUAUUUGAAGAACAUGUAAACAAAACUGUCUCAACCUGUUUCUUUUAGAUAUGUACUUGCAUUACAAAAUAUAUAAGAAAAAAAUAUAUAUAUAUAUUUAUAUAAAUAUGUAUAACUUGAAUUGA